AUGUCUUUUGCCGUUUUGCACCGCUCAUCUCUCCCGUCCAUAUUCACUCGCCGCACAGCAGGUGGAGCGGCAGCCACGGCGACGCGGCUUUCCCGUAGCAUCGCCAUGAACGGCAGCAGCAAAAUCAAGCCUGCGGCGAGAGUGUCGGGCCAAAAGCAGGAUGUCUGGUCCAUCAUCAACGAAGCUGCCGCCGCCUCGCCCAAGCAGCCCAUUGUCAACAUGGGCCAAGGCUUCUUUGGCUACAACCCGCCAGAGUUUAUUCUCGAUGCCGCCAGGGAGGCUCUUGGCCGAGUCGAGUGCAACCAGUACUCACCGACAAAGGGGCGGCCGCGGUUGAAAAAGGCCAUUGCCGAUGCGUAUUCGCCGUACUGGGGGAGGAAGAUUGACCCCGAGACCGAGGUUACCAUUACCACGGGGGCUAAUGAGGGUAUGCUGAGCGCUUUCAUGGCCUUUAUCGAGCCCGGUGACGAGGUGGUCGUCUUUGAGCCCUUUUUCGACCAAUAUAUCAGCAAUAUCGAAAUGGCAGGCGGCAAAAUCGUCUACGUGCCCUUGCACCCCCCCGCCACUGGUGCUACCAAGACCUCUUCGGCAGCUGAAUGGACUGUUGACUUUGACGAACUGGAAAAAGUCAUCACUCCGCGGACAAAGAUGAUUGUUCUCAACACUCCUCACAACCCCGUCGGCAAGGUGUUUUCCAAGGAAGAGCUUCAGAGAAUCGGGGACUUGUGCGUCAAGCACGAAGUCAUUAUCCUCUCAGACGAAGUAUACGACCGGUUAUACUAUGUCCCGUUUACGCGCAUCUCUACCCUGUCGCCGGAGAUUGAGGCUCUCACACUUACUGUUGGAUCUGCCGGCAAGAACUUUUACGCCACUGGGUGGCGCGUGGGCUGGUUAAUGGGCCCGGCCAACCUCAUCAAAUACGUCGCUGCAGCCCACACGCGCAUAUGCUACUCUUCCGUCUCCCCCCUCCAGGAAGCCUGCGCCGUAGGUUUCGAGCAAGCCUCCUCCCAGGGCUUCUGGGAAAAGACGAUUCAAGACAUGAAAUCCAAAAUGGACCGCUUCAACCAGAUCUGGCACGAGCUGGGCCUGCCUUACUCGGACCCGGAAGGCGGAUAUUUCGUACUCGUCAACAUGGCCAAGGUCAAGUUACCCGCCGACUACCCGUUUCCGGAGCACGUGGCCUCCAGACCGCGAGACUUCAAACUCGCCUGGUUCCUGAUUCAGGAGGUUGGUGUGGCGGCGAUUCCCCCUACCGAGUUUUACACAGAUACGAAUGCGUACCUGGCGGAGAAUUACGUCCGGUUCGCAGUAUGCAAGGAUGACGAGGUUCUGGAGGAGGCCAAGAGGAGACUAAGGGGGUUGAAGAAGUACAUGGGAUAA